UAUUUUGGUCAGAGGGCAAACCUCUGCGUUGCGUCACCAUGUUCAAAUUUUCCAUCGAGCCUUAGAUUGCGCUGCUAUGCCGACAAAUGCAACAGGAAGAUGGAACCCAAGAAGUUCCAGCUGGACCGCGGACCCUACCUCUCCCAGCUGGACUACCAAUCGCGCCUUCAGUUCCAAGCACCAUCUUGGAGGUUACCCCUCACCAGCAUUAUAUGCACCAUUGGACCCUCAUCCAACCAUCCGGAAGUUCUGCUUGAACUUAUUCGUGCUGGGAUGAGGGUGGUCCGACUGGACAUGUCCCAAGGCAGCCACAAUUGCCACUGCCAGGCAAUCCAGGCGGCUCGUAAGGCCAUCUCCAUGUAUGUGGAGGAAACGGGUCUUCCCAGGAGCUUGGCCAUCGCCCUGGACACCAAGGGCCCGGAAAUCCAUCCACAAGGCAUACCGGAUGACACACCCGCCGUAAGCGAGCAAGACAAGCUGGACCUGGAGUUUGGCGCGGAUCAGAAGGUGGACAUGAUCUUUGCGUCGCUCAUUCGCGAUGCCAGAGCCCCCAGGGAAAUUCGCCAAGCACUGGGUCCAUCAAGUGAGCACAUAAAGAUCAUUUCCAAAAUCGAGAGCCGAGAGGGUCUGGCGAACAUAGAUGAGGUAAUCCGCGAAUCCGAUGGCAUAAUGUUGGCCCUUGGCAAUCUGGGCAGCAAAAUACCACUGGAGGCUGUGCCGCUGGCGCAGAAAUCGAUCGUGGCCAAGUGCAACAAAGUGGGAAAGCCUGUAAUCUGUGCCAACCAACUGAUGAAUUCGAUGAUAGCCAAGCCACGUCCCACUCGCGCCGAGUCCUCUGAUGUGGCAAACGCGAUCUUUGAUGGUUGUGAUGCCCUCGUGUUGUCCGAUGAAACGGCCAAGGGUAAGUACCCGCUGCAAUGUGUGCAGUGCAUGGCCAGAAUCUGCCAGAAAGUCGAGUCGAUUUUAUGGUAUGAGAGCCUUCAGAACAACCUCAGAAGAGAAGUCCGGAUGAAGGCCGCCAAUCACAUCUCGGCGGUAACCACGGCAAUUGCAGAGGCGGCUACGGUGGGUCAGGCUCAGGCCAUAGUAGUGGCCAGUCCGUGCUCCAUUGUGCCCCAGAUGAUCAGUCAUAUGAGGCCGCCGUGUCCCAUCGUGAUGCUCACCGGCUGCCAACAUAGGGCCGCUCAAGCCUCGCUCUCUCGGGGCGUUUUCCCACUCCUCGUCAAGGAAAUGGUUUACGGCAGCCUAAACUACUGUCGCAUCAUGCAAUCGGGCCUAAAGAUGCUGGCCAAGAUGGACAUCCUGGAGCCAGGUCAAAAGGGAACGGUAGUGCUGGUCAACGCCAUGUCGGCAGACAUGCUUACCUUCCGGCUGUUCACCUUUGUACAGCCAACUGAGGCAGAGCGAGAGGAAGAACGCUGUCGAAAAUUGGCCAGAAAGCAGCGUUGCAAGGAAAUGAAAGUGGCUUUAAGUAAAUCCUGUUCAGAUCUAAAGAGCAGUAAGUGUGAAACAUCUCUGAUAUCCAAAGAAUGUCUCUCGCAGCUGGAAAAACCUAGUGAGCAAAAACCGAACGAAGAUUUGGCAAUAACCGAAGAAAAGCAAUGUCCCAAAAAGGACGACCUAGCCCUAAAAUGCCUCAGGCUGAAGAAAGAAAGUCAAGCUCAAACGGAAUCCGAUACGAAACGGAUGGAUGAACUCAAAAUAGCGGAAGAAAUGGCAUCAAGUAAAUCGUGUACAAAUCUAAAGAGCAGUAAGCCUGAAAGAUCUAUAAAGCUGAAAGAAGAGAAAGAAUGUCCUAUUAUCGAAAGAGCGUCAAAAUGUUUAAGGCGGAAAAAAAAGAGUAAGCUGAAAAAGUGCAAAGAUUUGGCUGUAAACAAAGAAAAGGAAUAUAUCUGUUCAACUAAAGAAAGUCCCAAAAAGAACAACUUGACCGUAAAAUCUCCCAAGAUGAACACAGAAACACAAGCUCAAUUCAAAGCUAAUAUGAAACGAAUGGAAGAACCCCAAAAAGCGGAAGAUUGUCCCAAAAAAAGUAAUGAGGCGGUUAAGGAUAGUCUUAUCCCUAAGAAAGCAGGCGAUUAUGCCUCGAAGUGCAAUAAACGAAAAAAAGAAAGUCUAAAGAAGGAUAAGUGCAAAGUAAUUAAAAUUCCGAGGACAUCCCAGGAAAAGGAUAAUUAUAGCCAAAAGAAAGAAAUUCCUAGGGAAUACACAAGAACAAUCAAUCUAAAAAAAGACGAAAUUUUACAGGCAGAAUCUGCAAAGAAACACUCUGAUGAGUUGGAAAAGUCCUGGGAUAUAAUACUGGAAAACUGUAAGACGGUAAAACUUGAAAACUGCAUGGCAGUGAAACUCGAAAACUGCAAAACAACAAACCUGGAAAACUGCAAAGCGAUCAAGCUCGAAAACUGCAAGCAGCCGAGCAGACGUAGGAAAACCACAGAUCGUACUAAAAAAGUGUGAAGGUGUUUGAUGCAG